UUCCAGCCAGGUCAUUCCAAGUCAGCUGCUUUGGCUGUGGCUGUCAGUGGAAGCUCCUCCGUCUGCCCGGUCCCUGGCCCCUUUGCUCGCCCGCCUGUGGUCGGCUCCCGGACAGGGGGGACAAGGGGAUGUGCCUGCAGCUAUUCUGGUAGCUGUGAGUUAUGGUGGUGUCAUGUGAAGCAAAGAGCCCAGAAAUGCGUGUCAAAUCAAACCAGUGACUAAUCCUGAUAUUUUGGUUGUCUUACUGCCUGCCAGGCAAAGAUUUACGGUCUUAGAAAAUCUUCAUGCAAUAAUCCCCGGCUGCUGAUUUGAUCUUCAGCUGAGGUUUCCUACAAGAGUGUGAAAAGAGGACGAAAAGAGGACUGCUGUUCCAGGGGUGGCAAAGUCUGACUUUAUCUGAGUUGGAACUACAAAUAAGCAAGGAGAAAAGCCAGCACUUCCUUCUCAUCUCUGUGUGUGCUUGGAGCCAUGCGCUGGCAGCCAGAGAGGAUCUAUUUGAUCUGCCUGCGGAGCAAGAAGGGUCGAGGGCGACGGCUGAGCAGACACAAAGUGUCAUUUGUUGGGAUUGUCGUCUAGCUCCCUCAUCUGUCACCUGAUGGCCAGCCAAGCAAGGGCUCAGCACAACCGUGGACCAUUCAUUCUUGUACAAGCAACGGAGGCCCGAAAAGUAAGCAUUCUACAGCUGUUACGAUAUUCAGCCGUUUUUUCUAUGAAGGAAUGCAUUGAAUUCACUACAAAUUUACUAACUGUCCCCCUAUGCCAGGCAAGAGACUGAUUUAUUUUUUUUCUGGUUGGGCUUUUCUCUAACAGCUGGAGGUCUUCUGGGCAUUCAAGCAAUGGCUGUUGAGUAGGGCAGCUGUUUCAAUAUCUAAGUGCAUUUUAGCUUUAAUAACUCAAGGGGAAAGAAUUGCGUUGCCUGCCAUGAGUUACUUCCUCUCCUACUGCAAAGCACACUGUACCACUGUGCUCGCCCAGUACCAGACCCUGAGAUCAGAGGGAUUUCUGUGUGAUAUUUUGCUGAAAGUGAAGGAGAAUGAGUUUCCUGCACACAAGUCCUUGUUGGCAUGCUCGAGCGACUAUUUCCGAGCCCUGUUCAAAAGUUAUACCCAAGAGUCUAAGGCCAGUGUAAUUCAUCUGCAAGUUAUCUCACCCGUUGGUCUCCAGCAUGUCCUGGAUUUCAUUUACACUUCCUUGUUGCCCCUCUCCUUUGAAAGCCUGGAGGAUACCUUGGAAGCUGCAAGCUACUUGCAAGUGACUGAUGCUAUUGGCUUGUGCAAUCAGUACUUAGUUAACAAUCUUGCCCUGGAAAACUGCUGCUUCUCUGCCAAUGUGGCCAGAAAGUUCUACCUGCCGGAUGCCUUAGCAGCAACAGAAAAAUACAUUGUCAAUAAUUUCUGGAAGCUGCUGGACUUGGAUUUGACUGAACUGCUCGAGCUGAACUUCAGAUCUUUGCUAGCAGUGGUUGAAUCACCAGAUCUGCCCAUGGUGAGAGAAACUCGUUUGCUUAAUCUUGUGCUGCUGUGGCUGAAGCAGGAUAAAUCCAGGCUGGCUCACACAAGCAGCCUUUUAGAGCACAUAAGAUAUGGCCUCAUCCCGGUAGAAGAGUUGAGAAGAACCUACACACAGUCAGACGUGCCCCUCUCUGCAGGUAUUAAGUGCUUGAUCAUUAAGGCAAUUAAUUACCAUACAUAUUUUUUCAAGCAGCCUGUCCUGCAGGACAAGUCCACCACGCUGAGGAACCAGAAAACCCAGAUCAUUCUGCUGGGGGGAGGGACAGCAAGUGGGGGGCUUGUCACCGAUGUGGUGGCCUUUGAUGUUUACAAUCACAAAUGGCGAGCUCUCACGCAGGUGCAGGACAGGGUGCAGAACCACAGCGUGUGCGUGGUGGGGAACUUCCUCUACGUCUUGGGUGGGGAAAUAGAAGGUGGUUCCCUGGGUGAUGCUAAAACCAACAAGAUCUUAUCAGUUACGAACAAGGUCCAUCGUUAUGAUCCAAGAUUUAACACGUGGACCCAAAUCAUGGCUAUGCUGGAAAAGAGAAGCCAGUUUUCUUGUUGUGUCCUAGGCAAUGAUAUUUUUGCCAUUGGUGGAAGGGGUGAGGAUGGGUUGCUGCAUUCAUCUGUGGAAGUCUACAACAUCGGCAGAGACAGAUGGACGAAGGCCAGGGAAUUGCCACACAAAAUACAUGGCCAUGCCAGUGCCAUUUGCAAGAAUACUAUAUACAUCUGUGGGGGCAAGUAUUCAGACUCAACCAGCACAAGCAAGGACUUAUAUUCUCUGAGCUCACUUGAAGGGCAGUGGGUGAAACAAGCACCCAUGAGCAUUGCUCGGUUUGGGCAUCAGAUGGCAACAAUCAGAGAAUCCAUAUUCACCUUUUUAGGACUAUAUGAACCAUUCUCUGAAAUAGAAAGAUACGACCCUGAUCUAAACCAAUGGACUCGGUUAAGACCACUGAUCUAUGAUCGAUUUUGCUAUGGUCUGGCAGUGGUAGAGGAAACGGCUCUUCUUAUUGGGGGAAAGAAAUGGCAAAACUCACGGGAAGUCCCCACACAAGACGUGGUUGGCUACGACAUUGACAACGAUGGCUGGGAGGAGAUCUGCAAAGCCCCCUUGCCUUGGUGUGGGCUGCAGUGUGCGGUGCUCCAACUCUCCGAACUGGCCGAUGACCAAGACAGUGACAACCAGCAGAAGAGGCCACCAAACUGCUGAGCUAACACUCUGCGGAGUAAUCAUCCCUGGAGAUGAACCAGCAGUGUAGUCCUGGAGAAGAAGAAAAUUGCAAUGGCACUGAAUGUGACAGACUGGAGGUUUUGCUUUGAUAAGCCAAAGACUUGGUGGAAAAGGGCAAGAAAGUCUGGCUCCAGCAUGGGAAAAGGUGCUGGGAGUUACAGAGCCAGGGGCUGAUCUCACUGAAGAAGGAUGUAGCACGUUUAGAUGAGAGAGAAUGGUAAUCCUUGACUUUUGAAGAAUAAUACCUAGAUAGCAAUUAAUUAGUGUUGCAAGUCAGAUUUUUCAAAGGUUAAAAAAUAUAAUCAAUCUUUUGCUGUUUUCUUAAGCAGAGGUAAUUUUCCAAGCUGGUAAGUGCUAUUGAAUUUUUAUGCUAUGGCUAAGGAAAAUGAAAGUGAGCUGUAUAAAGACUAGAAAAUUGAUGCCUACGAGAACUAAUAAUAAGUACUGCCAAAGAAAAGGUAUUAUUUGAUAUGUUACAUACCAGGCAAGAAUGUUUUAGCUAACCAGCAUGAAAUUACUGGACAGAAUGCAUGGAUUUUUUGAUAUGUAGGAAAAAAGUUAAAACAGUGACUGUUUGAUAGAAGCCAUUUCUCUAUGAGCAGCCUUUGUUGUAGCAUGCCUUUCAGAUGCUUAUUUUGCAUUAUUUUAAAGACACACACUACUGGUACAGUACAUUUCUGUUGUAUCCAAAUCUUGUGUUAAUUAGAUGGCCAGAGACAUAAGGGUAUACUUAUCAUUAGACUCUAAGAAAAAUGUUACAGGAGUUACUGUAAUUAAUGUUUUGACACUUACCUUGGUGGCAUAAACAGCUUUUUCACACCUGUUCAUAACACUAAAACUGUUCAUAGUUCUUGAACUGGUACAUGAGUGAAUCCUGCAGUCAAAAAAGGUUUACUUUUUUCAAAGAGUACAAUGGGGAGGGGGUAACUGAAGGUUUUCUGAAGUCUAUUUAGUGCCUGUCUACAUACGAAACAGCAACUUUUUGGCUGUGUUGGCAUAGUUUGAGGGCAUAGAUUAUGGGGAUACUUCAAGGUACGUGGAUCUGUGAAAUGUAGGCAUAGUAAUGGUCAGAUGGUGGAGAAUAAUUUUGGUAUGGAGUAAAUUUAAUCUCAAGUCACAAGUGUUCAUUUAAAAGCUAAAUUUAUUGUACUUCAUUUUAUAGUGUUCCCUUUCUAGUCUGAGAGUUGAUACAAUAAAAAUAUAUAUAGAAGAACA